AUGCUAAUAUCCCCCUCUGAUUAUGGGAAGCCGUUCCCUGUGCUUGUUCAACACUUCCCUGAAUUUAGUUCUCGUGAUGUACAUGGCAAUUAUGUGGACUGUGCCCGUUGGUUUGGCUCUUUAGUCAUAUCAAAAUCGUGUGAAAACAGUGUCACACUCUGGAAGCCUGGUGGACUAGAUGAUUCCUCAGCAAAUAUUCCUAUUUUAUGCAACGGGUCUCCAAGUAAUACCUCAACAGAUGUUGGCGGCCUGCGUUUGCCGAGUCGGAUGCAACAUAUUGGCUCAUACACAGGUCCUGAAUCGCCUAUCCCCCCAGCACCUGGUGUCCCAACCGAACACAAGACAAGCAUUAUCCAUCAGUUAAAAGCUACUGACUGUAACUUAUGGUAUAUUCGUUUUGAUAUAGAUUUAAAGAAUCAUGUUCUGGCUUUGGGUACGGGAACUGGGCCAUCACGUGUCUAUUUGUGGGACUUAAAAUAUCCUGAAAAUGCUCUUAAUCUCCCAGCUCAAGUACUUCAUUUCCCUACAGUUAGUGGAGUUGGUCCCGGUGGUAUGCCUUUAAGUCACAGUGCCAUUAGACAAACUCGUUUUGCUAACGAUGGAGAUAUUCUUUUGUGUGUUAGUUACCCGCUAAGCUUCAUGGUAUUAAAUGGCAUCACAAUAUCGUCGGUUGUAUAA